ACAACAUAAACGUCUCCGGCAUUCGAAAAUCUAGUAAUUGCUAAACUGCUAAUCAAACAAGCCCAAGCGUCAAGCUUGUAAAACAGUUGCAAGUGUCGUUGACAAGAGAUGUUCUUAUUCCCGAAUAUAAUCGUACUCUUUAACUCUUCGCCGAUUUUCGCUUACUUCAACGCUUUGGUCAACACUCGUAUCUGAUUAUAUAUUUUAAGAUUUUCAUUUAAACGUUCAAUAUAGCUUUACUCCAUAAACCAGUCGAACUCUUUCAGAACAGUUGACUGUUUGAUUUUGCGUUUGCAGUACAAGUUGUCCAGUAAAAAUACUAAAUUUUAUGACGAAACAUUGUGGCAUAAGUCGGGCAUUGAAGAAAUUUCCAAUCUGUGAUGUUGCAGUUUUUCCCGGCAGGCAACGGUUUCGCGGAAGACGGAUGUGCACGCAUCGCCGGUGUUAUCUGGAAUGCUAUAUUUUUAUGUUAGUUCCUGACUGACAGGUGCCGCAGUGACGUUUACUUUGAGGUUUUUUACGAUCAUUUUACCGUAGCGACUUCCCGCCGACGCGGCGAUAAGAGUGGCUUACAUUUUCGCGCAUUCAGCUGAUUUCCGUUUGAAGCAGCAGCAUCGCAUACUAACGUGCGCCCGGAAUAUACAUUUCAACAAUGUACAUCGUUCAUGGCGGCGUUUGUUAACCAACAACGGCGAAUAAAAAUCGCAUAUUUGCAUUACGGUGUUUUUUUUUCCGCGAUGGACUUCUCUCUUUGAAAUUUUAUCACAAACCAUGCAUUUUGUCAAUGUUGUUCGGUUAAGCCGGCAGAACGCUGAUGUCGCUGUGUUUGUCCAGGCACAGUAUUUUCCCUUGUGCACAUGUGCAAUGAUUCCUUUAAGGAUAUUUUUUUGUUCAGCUGUAACUCGGUUCUAACUAGAUAAUAUUAUUGUUCACCGGUAUUAUCGCAUUGUCGGGGAUUGUGGAUGAAUGGAUGUAAAUGUGCGGAUUUCGAAAAUGCGGUGAUUGUCUGGAAACUGGUUGCGACUGUGCGGCUGUCUUUUUAUUGCAUUCUGUACAUUUUAACCGGCAGCAGUUCCCGUGCUAGCAGGGUUUAGUAGGGAUAGUCUGCUGUGUGCAGCAUGAAGCAAGAGGUCACAGUUCUCAACAAUGGCGAAGAUGACCGCAUGGAAGUGCUGCCUUUUCGGAAGAGUUCAGCUUUACAGUUUGUGCUGGCAUUAUGUAUAAUAUGUACCGGAGGAAUUUUUGCCAUUUUACUAUUUUGGCGGAAGGACUGGUAUGUCCGAUUGACGUGCAGAAAGUCCACGCUGAAAGAUGCCGACACGCUAAUAUUAAAGGAUAGUUAUGACCAGCUCUUUGUUGGUCAUAUUUAUGAUCUCGCUGACAAGCUGACAUUCUACAGGGAGCCACCAGAAGACACCAUUCUGGAGUCCGGGCGUGUUUUGAGGCCGUCUUCAGAAGGUUCCUUUUUACUUGUUAAAUCUCUUCGGUAUUUUGACUGUCGUCGCGUACGUUACAUCUGGGAUGAAGAAACUGAGAAAUUCGAAAAACUGUCGGGAAACUAUGAUGUAUCGACAGAUUUCCUGUUAUCACAAAAAGGCCUCAGCAAAGUCGAACGCUCCCACCGGUUGAAGCUUUUUGGCGUCAACGCAAUCGUGGUAAAGCUCAGCACCAUUCCGCACAUAUUGAUGAAAGAGACUCUUAAUCCCUUCUACCUCUUUCAACUGUUCAGUAUCAUCCUGUGGUUUAACAUCGAAUACUAUUACUAUGCCGGCAUUAUCCUGGGCAUCUCCCUGGUGUCCUUAUCGGUGCAAGUCUUCCAGAUUCGCCGGCAACAGCGCGCCCUACACGACCGGGUGCAGGAUCAGGAUGUGGUGCAUGUGAUGACACGCGAAGGCACCGUGCAGCCUAUGGCUAGUCACGGCCUGGUGCCAGGCGACAUUUUCGUCUUGCCCAAAGAGGGCGGACCGGUCACCUGUGACGCGGUACUUAUUUCCGGCCAGUGCAUCGUUAAUGAAAGUUCUCUUACCGGAGAAAGUAUUCCGGUACCGAAAAUCGCCAUAUCCACAACCGAGACCAACGAGAGAUUCAGCAUACGCCAUCACGGUCGGCAUAUUCUCUUUUCGGGAACCAAAGUUUUGCAGACUCGAGGAGAUGGCGACACUCCCACAACGGCGAUUGUUGUACGAACCGGAUUUAUGACGAAUAAGGGUGAAAUCAUACGCAGUAUAAUGUAUCCGAAACCGGUUGACUUUCAUUUCCAAAAUCAGACAUACUAUUACAUUGGAGCAUUGGCUUUCAUAGCUCUAAUCGGCAUGAUUUACUCCAUUGUGGUCAAGAUUCUGGCUGGAGAAGAAGCGCGCUACAUCGUUCUCCGAUCGUUAGAUAUCGUCACGGUUGCAGUUCCGCCAGCACUUCCGGCCGCAUUAACCAUCGGCAUCAUCUUCGCGCAGCAUCGUCUGAAGAAGCAGCACAUACACUGUCUCAGCCCGCGCACCAUCAACAUGUGUGGCUUGAUUAAUCUAGUGUGUUUUGACAAAACCGGAACUCUCACUGAGGACGGAUUAGGCCUGAAAUGUGUGCUCCCGGCAAAGGACGCCAAAUUUCGGGAACCCAUAGAAGACUUCCAGAACAGCACCGAUGGAACACCGCGAUCGGCCGAUUCGCCCUUGAUUCGCGCUUUAGCUGCCUGCCAUUCUCUGGUGGAAGUACAAGGAAAGCUUCUGGGCGAUCCUUUGGAUGUCAUUAUGUUCGAAAGUACAGGCUGGGUUCUGGAAGAGAAAAGUGUCAUAAGAAAUGUGAGCGAAGGGACAAAAACAGUAAAAAUUACAAUGGCCAGACCGAAAGAGGACCAAGUUGAAAAAGGUCAUGGCGGUACGCACGUGGAAAUGCUGCGAGAAUUUCCCUUUACAUCGUCAUUGCAACGCAUGGCCGUCAUUGCACAAGUUCAGCCUAACGCCGAAGUAGAAUUCUACGUAAAAGGCGCACCGGAAAAGGUCAUGGCGAUGUGCGAUCCUCACUCUGUUCCGGUCGAUUUCUUGGAUCAGUUAGCACAUUUUUCAAGCGUGGGCAAUCGGGUCAUUGCGGUAGCUUAUAAACCGGCUGGUCAUCUGGAACCACAUGUGAUAGCCAAAGUCAAAAGGGAAGAAAUCGAGCAUAAUCUUCAGUUAUUGGGGUUGGUGAUAUUCGAAAAUCAGAUUAAACCAGAUACACCCGGUGUCAUCCGGGAGCUGCAGAAAGCCAACAUCCGCCCAGUGAUGCUGACAGGCGACAACUUACAGACCGCCAUCAGCGUGGGACGGACAUGCGGAUUUCUGGAAACCACCGACACGCUAACCAUAUUAAAUGCGACAGAGGAGGGCGUUACAUGGACACCAGUGGAAAGCGAUGACCCUUACUCAAAGAAAACUGUCAACGGCAAUCUGGCUUACAACUGUAAAACUCCGGUGACCUUGAAACACCACAUAGCCAUAACAGGACCGUCACUGGAGGCCGUCAAAACAUAUCACAACCAUCUCAUUCCGCUUCUCUUGUUAGAGGGAACAAUUUUUGCUCGGGUAUCGCCGAUUGAAAAGCAAUACGUUGUGGAGCAGUUGCAGUUCGUCGGUUACCAAGUGGCGAUGUGUGGCGACGGGGCCAAUGAUUGCGGGGCAUUAAAAGCUGCUAAUGCCGGCAUCUCGCUAUCGGAGACGGAAGCUGCCGCUGCUGCUCCAUUCACCAGCACCAAUCCCAGUAUCAUCUGCGUUCCGCUUUUACUUCGCGAAGGGCGCUGCGCACUGGUAACCUUUUUUGGCAUUUUUUUUCUCAUGGCCACAUACAGUCUAUGCCAAUUCAGCAAUGCCGUCCUGUUAGCCUGGAUUCGGAGCAAUCUGUCGGAUUUCCAGUAUCUGUGGCAAGAUCUCUUCCAGUUAACCAUUCUCUCCAUUGCCUUUGGGUAUACCGCACCGUACCGGUGUCUGUCAAAUACCCAUCCGCCCUGCAGUCUUAAAUCCUUCCGCUCCAUCUUUUCUCUUGUGGGCCAUGUAAUCUUGGUGUUAGCGGCGCAGACGCUGGCCUUCAAGAUUGUCGCCUACCAACCGUGGUAUCAGUCGUUCGAUCAGCUCCACGCCAACCAGACGACGAUUGCCGACAAUGAUCGGUUCCGGUGCUAUGAGAAUUUCUGCGUGUGGACCAUUGGAGCCAUCCAGAUUGUGCUACUGUCAUUGGUUUUCGCGAGAGGGGCGCCUUUUCGUCGAAUAAUGAUAACAAAUCCGUUCCACGUGGCUUUAGUUGUAAUAACGCUGACCUUUGACCUUCUGUGCAUGCUUGGGCCACCAGAACCCGUAGCAAACUGGCUGCAGUUGUUGGUGCCGCCGGAUCUGAAAUUUCGCUUUGUCCUCCUGGGAAUUACCAUCGCAUACUUCGUCCUCGCGUUGCUUUUUGAGAAAGUAAUUCUGGACAUUCUCAUAUCGCAAGUGUUGGCUGCCCGAAUGCGCUUCCUGCGCUCCGGCUGGUCGGAAGACGUAGAGUCCGGCAUUCGCCGGAGUGUGCGUGACAAUCAGAUCAACCAUAAGCAAACGUUUGGUGUUGGUAAAAACGGUAUGAACGGACUGACGGCCUGCUAUUCCAAUCCAACGUUUCAGCUGAACGAGCUUUCUGCAGAUGGUGAUGAAGAGAUUUUAAAAGAGAAAGGGUUUACUUGAGAGAUAUUUUCACAAAGUAUUUUUCUAUAGCUUAUAUGUUGCGCAAAACUGUGACAGAGAUUUUAUUGCUGCAUAUAUGAAUGUACCAUGUACGUUACGCAAUGAAAUGAAAACGUACCGCAGUGGUACAACCACAGAUCAAAACUGAUUUGUUGAUGGCAAUACCAGAGUCGAUGAUAAAAAGCUUGUUCU